AUGCGCUUCUCUACCAUUGCCGUCGCCGCCGCGGCCACGGCCGUCCAGGCCCAGCGUUCCACAGACAUGCCCAUCUGCGACUACUACACCACGGCGCUCCUCAAGAACAACACGGCCGAGAACCAGGCCACUCUCCUGACGCUCCUCGUCAACACCGUCGUCAUUGGAAACUACACCAUGCCCAAUGUCGGCGUCUCUGUCCCGGGUAUCCUCAAGGAGGGCGAGGUCGACGGCACCAUGGUCAACCUUCUCCCCUACUUCAGCGGCGGCCUGGCCUCGACCAACCGCGGCGACAAGGCGACCUGCGUCAACUUCCUCGACGGCGGCGCCGCCGAGCCGCUGAUGAAGAACAAGCCCGCCAACGACGAGACGUCAAACCAGUACUUCCUCCUCACCCAUCUGUACCAGUUCUUCGGCACCCUGCUCGGCUGCUCCAAGCAGGGCAUGACGGGCUUUGACGCCUACGGCGGCGACCCGUCCAUGUACAAGGUGCACAAGUUUAUGAACCUGGGCAAGGCCGAGAUGGGCUACUUCAUCACCCAGGUCGGCAUGGCCGCUGCCUCGUUUGGCGUCGCCAAGGACGACAUCACCAUCGUCGCCAACGCCCUCGGCGACACCUUCAACAUGCGCUGCAGCGCACCCGCCGAGGUCAUCAAGGGCCAGGGCCCCCAGCCCCAGGCCAUUUGCAUCAAGAGCGACUGCACCGAGGCCAAGGACCCCAAGUGCGAUGCCUACUCCGAGGCCGUCGCCCCCGCAAAGUGCAACGGGACUUCCAGCUCCAUGACCGGCACUAUGACCGGCACUAUGACCGGCUCUGCCACCGGCACCAUGACUGGCUCCAUGACUGGCUCCAUGACUGGCUCCAUGACUGGCUCCAUGACUGGCUCCAUGACCGGCUCCAUGACCGGCUCCGCCACCAGCUCCGCGGGUAGCAGCCCUACAUCGACCGCUCCAGCUUCCGGCGGUGCCGGGAACGUCAACAACUUCGGCCUAGCCGCCGUCAUUGCUGCCGCCGCCGCCUAUGCUCUGUAA